UUAAAGAUAUGGGAGGAAAAAAAGAAACUUUCGGUAUUUCAGUUUAUUUAUUUAUUAUUAUAAGAUUUCUAUAUUUUCGAUGAACAAUAAAAAUUGGCUAGAAAUGCGGGAAAAAAUAUCCCAUUGAAUUGUUCUUCUUCUUCCCCGUUCUCUCUCCGUCUUAGCGAUGAGUCGAACCAUGAAUUCCAUGGCGCCAAAUCCUUGAAUUAGCACCAAAACAAUGUCAUCUUCUUCCUUUUUCACAGCUCCACCUCCAUCGCCGCCGCCCCUUGUCACCACUAACCGUUCAUCUCUGUUACCAUCUUCUCCUUCCACCGCCACUACCUCCGAUCGUUCCCAACAAGUAGAGAGGUUUGCGUCACUAAUCGACAAAUCGAGGUCCGUCAUCCGCCUGCUUCAAAUUCACGCUUCUCUUCUCCGGCAGGGGCUUUACCAUCACCCCAUCUUAAAUUUCAAGCUCCAACGCUCCUACGCCACUGUCGGCCGCCUUGACUAUUCGGUGGCCGUUUUCAACACCUCCGAUGACCCCAAUGUCUUCUCCUAUUCUUCGAUUAUCCACAGUCACGCACAAUGUGGGCUAUUUGACCAAGCUCUCGAUUUCUAUUCCCAAAUGCUAACCCGUGGAGUCGAGCCCAAUGUGUUCACCUUCUCCUCUGUCUUGAAAUCCUGCUCGCUGGAACCGGGAAAAGCCCUCCAUUGCCAAGCAAUAAAACUCGGGUUCGAUUCCGAUUUAUAUGUCAGAACGGGCCUGGUCGAUGUAUACGCGAGAGGGGGCGAAGUCGUGUGUGCGCGCCAACUGUUUGAUAAAAUGCCUGAGCGAAGUUUGGUUUCCCUAACGGCUAUGCUCACUUGCUACACGAAGCUGGGGGAGCUGGACGAGGCACGGGCCUUGUUUGAUGGGAUGAAAGAGAGGGAUGUGGUCUGUUGGAACGUGAUGAUUGGUGGGUAUGCGCAGAAUGGUGUUCCCAAUGAGUCUUUGAAGCUUUUCAGGCGAAUGUUGGUGGCGAAAGUUAAGCCCAAUGAAGUAACAGUUCUGGCUGUGCUCUCCGCAUGUGGGCAGCUGGGUGCCCUCGAAUCUGGAAGGUGGGUUCAUUCGUAUAUUGAGAAUAAGGGGAUUGAGAUGAAUGUUCAUGUCGGCACCGCACUGGUUGAUAUGUAUAGCAAAUGUGGUAGCUUGGAAGAUGCACGUUUGGUAUUUGAUGGGAUUAGAGAUAAGGAUGUGGUUGCCUGGAAUUCGAUGAUUGUGGGGUAUGCGAUGCACGGAUUUUUCCAACAUGUAUUGCAGUUGUUCGAGGAAAUGACUGCGAUCGGAUACCAGCCAACUGAUAUCACUUUCAUUGGCAUUCUGAGUGCCUGCAGCCAUGGUGGGAUGGUGGAGGAGGGAAGGAGGUUCCUCAGUUUGAUGAGAAAAGAAUAUGGAAUCGAACCGAAGGUCGAGCAUUAUGGAUGUAUGGUUAAUCUUCUAGGACAUGCUGGACAUCUUGAAGAAGCAUACAAUCUCGUGAAAAACAUGACGGUUGCAGCUGAUCCUGUUUUGUGGGGGACGUUACUUGGGUCUUGUAGACUCCAUGGUAACAUCAAAUUGGGAGAGGAGAUUGCAGAGUUUCUAGUUGACCAGAAGCUUGCAAAUUCAGGGACUUAUGUUCUUCUUUCCAAUAUAUAUGCUGCCACAGGCAAUUGGGAAGGGGUUGCUAAGAUAAGGACGUUGAUGAAGGAGCAUGGCAUUGAAAAGGAGCCUGGUUGCAGCUCAAUUGAAGUUAACAAUAAGGUGCAUGAGUUCGUUGCUGGUGAGAGGAAACAUCCCAAAACCAAAGAAAUCUAUAUGAUGUUGAAUGAGAUAAAUCGCUGGCUUAGAGCUCACGGAUACGCACCACAGACCGAUAUUGUGUUACAUGACCUUGGGGAGGAACAGAAGGAGCAAUCACUUGAAGUUCACAGUGAGAAGCUUGCUAUUGCCUUCGGGCUUAUCAGUACUCAACCGGGCACCACUGUCAAGAUUGUGAAGAAUCUACGAGUAUGUUCAGAUUGCCAUGCCGUAAUGAAGUUGAUAUCGAAGAUCACUGGACGUAAAAUUGUAAUGAGGGAUCGAAAUCGCUUCCAUCACUUUGAAGAUGGAUUAUGUUCUUGUGGAGAUUACUGGUGAGAUGAUUUGGGAACUGUUGUAAUCAAAUUCAUCAGGGGUCCUGUAAGAAGUUAUUCAUUAUAAAAGUAGCUUACAACAUGAAAUGUUCUUAUUUGUAUCUUCAA